UACCGGCCCGUCAUUUCUUAUGCGUUGCUGGCGAUUUCAACACGGACCUCCAGCAGGAUGCGCCCUUUGUGGGUUGUACAUUUCAAUGGAAAGGGCACUCCCGUGCCCCGGCCAGGGACCAAUCCACUUUCCAAAAUCUGUUGCGUGCCCACUCCUUGCAUGCUAUGAAUACCUGGAAACAUGAGGCGACGUAUCUUGACCACCAAGGAAGCAGAUCACGUGUCGACUACAUCCUGACGCGAUCCAACACGGCCAAAGGACACAAAUCUGAGACGAUGCCUCAGCUACACUUUGCUUCGUGGCGGGAGGGUAGCAGACACCUUGCCCUGAUUGGGAGGAUUGACCUCGCCUCAUGGCGGAACCUCCGCUCCCGUGAGGUCAGCAACUUUCAAUACGACAAGCUUGCCUUGGUGCGUGCCUGUCAACCGGGGCCUGAGCAAGAUCGGCUGAAACAGGCGCUGGUGCCUCACCUACCGCUGCUUUAUUCUGGGCCCCCGCCCAGUCGAGUGGAGGCACUGCUCCGUCAACUGUAUGCUGAAACCUUUCCGGCCAAGCAAGCGACUUCCAGCCUACAAUGGCAAAAUCCGGAGGUGCAGCAGGAUUUGGAGCGGACAUGGACGAUAAGGCGGGCGAUUGAUGCAACACGCAUUGCACCCUUGCCACUACUGCGCAAGGCGUUUCAAAUAUGGAGACUCAAGAAGCAACUACGUCUGCGGGUGAAGGAGCUCAAAAAGGCCAGUCGGCAGAGACGGCGAAAGCACUGGACUCAACAGCUGGAGGAGGCCGAGAAGGCGCGGGAUGCCAAGGAUGCUUAUCGCUUCUUCCGUGUCGUUACGACUUUGGCCCCUCGGAGGCCUAUGGAGCGGGUUCAAUUGCGUGAUGAGCAGGGAUGCAUCAUGACGCCUGAGCAGGAGGACAAGGCUUUGGCGGCCUACUGGAACACCAUCUACGGCAGGUCCACCGUGAAGCAGCAAGCCUGGACUCUACAAGAGGGAAUUGCCAUUCGUCAGGAGGAACUCUACCAGGACUUGCGUCCCAUUGCUCUACAGUCGGCGGCGUCCAAGGCGAUCACGACCGUUAUGAAGUGGCGGAUUACACCAUCCUUCCUGGAGGCCAUGCAUGCACUUCCUCAGUAUGCCUACGUUCGAGGGCGCAGUAUGGUGGAGGCGAUAGCGCGGGUGGCUGCACAUUGCUCCUCUGUCAGACGUUUGGUCAGGCAGCAGACCAUGACAAUUCACGACAAGUUUGCGGGGGCAGUUUCUAAGGACUGUGUGGGAGGGGCCCAGCUGAGCAUUGAUUUAUCGAAGGCCUUCGAUUUGUUGCCCCGUAGUGUGUUACAGGAAAUUCUGUCCACCACCGAUCUCACAGCUGACGAGCAGGCCCAACACAUUGACCUUCAGUGUGGUGUUCGUCAAGGGGAUGUGCUGUCGCCGUAUCUCUGGGGGUUGUUUACCGCUUACUUGGCGAAGGCCUUGGAUGCUGAGAAUGGAAGUGGCUGGACUGCCAGCAAUGGCACCUUGUACGCAGAUGACAUGCACUACAAAUGGGAGUUUUCUAAAGUUGAACAUAUGCAAAAGAUGAGACAGGAUGUUCAAAAUAUCUUUGCUGUUCUCCGACGACUGGGUAUGCAGGCCAACCCAGAGAAAAGUGCAUUCCUCAUCACUGUGCGGGGCACGCAGGCGAAAAAGUGGGUUCGUCGCUUCGUUCGGAAAGACAAGCACCAAGUGCGCCACUUUCACUUUGGAGGUGGAACAGAUGACAGGGUGCCGGUUGCUGAGUCCUUUGCCUAUCUUGGGGCGGUCCUGUCUUACAACAACUUUGAGCUGGAGACCCUGAAGCACAGGCUGGGGGUGGCGGCAGGCCACCACGACAGGCUUCGCAAGAUCCUGCAUGCCAAGCGGGUACUCACGUUGGUGCGAUAUCGUCUGUGGCAGGUCAUGGUACAGACAGCGCAAUUGUACGCCUUGGAGGCAGUUGGGGUCACAUCGGAAGGUGCCAAGAUGUUGCAUGUGCAAACCCUGAGACAUCUACGUGGAAUCUUCGGCUCGGCUAGACAUGUGGAUGGGCUCUCAGAUCAUGCGUUUCUCAGCAAGUAUGAUUUGCCGGACAGUAUGCAUAUGGUUCGAAGGCGAAGUGGCACUCUAUGUGCCAGGCUGAAGGAUCAGACCCUAGACCCGCCGUGCUUUGAUAGAGUCUCCAUCUUGGCGUUUGCUACAGCGAUUGAGACGGCUCUACCUGAGGCGUAUGUGGCCAAGUCCAGAGCGGAGCCCUCUAAGGAUGCGGCGAUGGCCUUUGCUUGUAGCCAGUGUGAUCUUCGCUUCGGAACGCUACAUGACUUGAAGACGCAUGAGGGAAAGGCGCAUGGAAUCAUCAAGGCCCGAGUUGAUGUGACCAAAAACGAGCACGGCAUCAACGGCAUGCCAAUCUGUCGACAUUGUGGGGAAAAGUUUUCUAAGUGGAACACUCUUUCCAGACAUGUGGCCAGGCAAGGCUGUCCGGCUCUUCAACAAGGACAGGUGGAUGCUGCGGUGAAGGCGAUGCUCAUCACUGAACAAAGGCCUGCUUUGGAGCGUCCGGAAGUUGUCAGUUGCAUACAGCAACAGGGUUGGGCUGGUCUCCUGCAAGACAAAGCUUUGUGUGCUGAGCUCAAGCAGCGCUGUGCAGUGUGUUACCAAUGGAUCGUGGAUCCGGUGAAGCAGGAGAUGGAACUCUUCGGCAGUCUUCGGCCAGCUUCUCGGGGGAAGCCGGCAGAGGUGGUGGAGGGACAGUCCAGCGCAGCGGCCAGGCCCAAAAGACGACGAACGCAGGACGAAAGCUCCAACUCGAGCAAGGGAAAGGGUGGUGGGAAAGGUGGAGGAAAAGGGAAGAAGAAGGACGGCAAGGAUCUGCAGCUCAAGGAGGUGGUAGCCCUUCUGUCCUCUCUGACUCUACAGCAUGUCGACCAGGUGAGCCGCAUCCAGCUGGACACAGGCUUUCUGAUGACGAUGAAGAACACCGAUCAGCCGGAAUGCAUGCUCCCGGUGAUGUUCAUAAAUCAGUGCGGAGUGGAAGCGUAUCAAAGCCGAGGAACCACAGCAGCUGGACAAACCGCUCCGAGUCACGAUGAUGGUAUGCUUGCUCAACGAGCUCAAGCCAGGGCCCUCAAGGCCAAGGACAGUGCGGAGGCACAAAGCAAGCUGCGCGAGCUGAAGUGGUUGAACGACCGGGGGGAAUGUGGUCUGGAACCCACAAACGGAGAGCCUGGAGCUGGACGAGACCCGACCUGCCGUGCCCCAGGAAGUCUUCAUCAAUCAGGUGACGGAGACCAUCUCGAUGAUCGCGCACCCGGGGGCCUUGACGCGCUUUCAGAACGUAAGACCGCUGACGGAGGACAUGUCCGGCCACAGUGUGGCGUUUCUGAUCGACGUGAGCCUGCGGGAGGAAGGCACGCCUCUGCAUCGGAUGCUCACCUCAUGGGUGGACCUGCAGGCGUGGGGUCUGGCGGCCACCAGACUACGCCAGCAACGUCUUCGGCGACCACCGGCGGCGGAGAAGCUGUCGGCUUGGCUAUCCUCAAAUUGAGGUUCCGCAAUCCCAACCAGCAGUGUUAUGUCAACUCGGCGGUUUAUGCGUGUCUGUACUGGCUCAGAUCCAAACUGGCACAGGUGGGCACCAACAAGCUUCUACAGGGGCUGAAGAAACUUCAAGGCUUGGAAUCCAAAAGUCUGCACCACAUUGCAUCCCUGUUUGAUUGGAGGUCUUUGAUGCAGGGAUGGAGCAGGCCAACUGUUCAGCAUGAUGUCACGGAAUUUCUCAUGCAUAUUCUUCGACAAGGGGAGCGCUCCUCUUGGGUUGGACAGUGGCAGUCGGGCACUUGGAUUGCCGAUCGGUAUGAGUUGGAGGACACAGGAUGGGGCUUCAUUCCGCUGCAUGUGCCAGGUGCUGCAGAGAGCUACACACUACAGCAGUGUCUGGACUUUUGGCAUCGUCGGCCGUCGCAGAUCUGGGGCGAACAAACUGCGUGUGCUUGCAUUGCUUCCCAUGAGACUCAUGUUUGCUUUGCAUUGCAGCGGUUUCGACGCAACUCUGAUAUUGUUACGCGAUACAAUGGACACAUUUCUGUUGAGCGCAGGUACAUGCUUCCUGUUCAGACGACAGAUGGAGUGCAGCUGGUUCCCUUCAUGGUACAGGCCGUGAUCCUUCAUAUGGGGGAACGUGCAGAUAUGGGGCACUAUCGUACUCUGCUUUGGUUUGCCGAUGACGUUUCCUACCUGACGGAUGAUGGUGUCAGGGCACGGAAGAUUCGCAAGUCUGAUGCUGAGCUGAUUGAACGUGGCAGUUACGUAGUUUGUCUCACUCGUGUGUGA